AUGAAUGAGAACCUUUCUAUGCAAAAUAGUAUUUAUGAUGAGAAUCUAUUUAAUCGUCUGAAGAAAGACCUGGAAUGCAAAUUCCCUGGCAAUCUUCAGAUAACAGGGGAGGGCACCCCUCAGAGUACAGGCUGGUUUGAAGUGACCAUCGAUGGAAAAUUGGUGCAUUCAAAAAAGAAUGGUGAUGGGUAUGUGGAUAGUGAUGCAAAGCUGUCCAAAAUUGUGGAAGCAAUCAAAGCUGCUUUAAAGCUCUGAGAGAGAUGGAUGUUUAUAUUCUUGCAGGAGGCUAAACCCUCAUCUCUGUUCUCCUCAGUGGAUCACUUAAUGAUGGUGGUGUUCUCAGUGCACAAGGGUGCAUGGAUACCCCCUGAUGAAUUGUGUGAAGCUGAUGUGGCUGGAGAUUAUUUGGUGUUUGUGCUACUGCCUUGAAAGGAUUUUUUUCUUGUUUACAUUUUGUUUGUCCCCCUCAUGACCAGGUUACACUUCUACAUUUUUAUGUUUACACACAAAUGCAAAGCAGUUAUGGGGGAUGCAUGCCCAAAUACAGUUUAACAACCCUUCAGUUUUAUUUCAGAUUAAAAAAUACAGUGAUUUUUUUUAUAAUGGGCUUGGGUGGCUUUGAAGUUUUGCUAUGCUCUACUUGAAACCCUCUUUGUAUUUUUCAUCUGAAACAUUACCCCUGUGUAGAUCUGACCCUUUGGAAUAAGCCACUAUAUAUGCUUUGCAAUAUUAUAGCAUUACAUUAAGACAGUACAAUAAGAAAAUAGAGGGUUUUUUUGGGUGCGAGGGUGCUUAUUAAAGGUUGAGAGACUGGGUACUCCUUCAUAUCAGUUUUUUGUCAUUUUAAAUCAUGCAUUCUGACCAAACAACAAAGAUCUUAAAGUCAUGAGGGUCUUAUUGGGCAAAGUCUUGGGCUCUUUAAACUUUCUAAUUGAUUCAGUCUUGCUCUGUUAUCACAAUUCUAAAUAAAAAGUAA